GCUCGUCCGCGUGUGUGUGUGUGUGUGUGUGUGUGUGUGUGAGCCGCCGUCGCACGACACCAAAACAGUCAUGGCUGCCGUCGGCUUCUGUGGAGACUGGUUCAUCUUCACCUGCGACACCAAACUCGUAGCGGUCCACAGCAAACAGAGCAGAGAACCGUUUGUGUUCGACUGCAGCGCUGCUGAGAAGAGACCGAAGAACACGAAGGAUGAAAACAACAGUGAUGGCGGCUCAGAGGAAACAGGAAGUGACAAAGUCCUCGCCUUCACCAUGUCUUCGUCUGGAAAGCUGCUGGCGCUGACUGACGACAACAAACGGCUGGUCCUGCUUCACUGUGAGCCGUCAUGGCGCUGCAUCAGCACCAGGUUCGUGGUGAGGAGAUGCACCUCCCUGAGGUUCAGUCAGGCCGAGGACCAGCUGCUGGCGGCCGACAAAUCCGGAGACGUUUACUCGUUCUCGGUGGUGGAGCCGCAGAAGGAGGGCGAGCUGAAGAUGGGACACCUGUCGAUGCUGCUGGCUGUGACCAUGUCGCCAGACGACAGGUUCAUCAUCACCGCCGACCGCGAUGAGAAGAUCAGAGUGAGUCACCUGAAGUCUCCGUACAACAUCCAGUCCUUCUGCCUGGGACACACACAGUUUGUCAGCGCUCUGCUGGUUCCUCCAGGUCAUCCACACUGGCUGCUGUCAGGAUCAGGGGACGGGACGUUGAAGCUGUGGGAGUUUGAGUCGGGCAGAAAGCUGCAGAGCUGCGACCUCACAGAGGCUGAAGAGACGCCGAGUACUGAGGCCGACGAACAGAAGAAGCCCUCUGUGUGCAGGAUCAGCAGCUCUCCUGAUGCUCGUUAUGUGGCUGUGCAGUGUGAGAGAGUGUCCACGCUUCACUUCUUCACUCUGGACCAGAAGGCUGAAGAGAAGCUGGUCCCACACAGCCGCCUCCUCCUGCCCCACUGCCCCCUGGACGUGACCUUUGACCCCGAGGGUCGGCUGUGGGCGCUGAUGGACUCCAGAGAUUCACCGCUACAGAUCUACUCACACAGAGGAGACUGCUGGGAGUGUGACGCCGACAGUCCUGAACUCUGCAGAGUGACUGAAGCCCUGAAGCCACACGGGGACACACUCGAGGCCUCCUCAAACACCAGCAGCCGCUUCGAGCACCUGUACAAGGUGACCUUCGACAACGUGACGGCGUACCUGCAGAAGAAGCAGCAGAGGCUGCAGGAGCAGCAGCUGAAGAGGACGAAGACGCCGACGGCCAACGGCAACAAGAAGGCAAAGAGGGAGAGUCAGUCGUCCACCUGACGGACGCUGUGACUUCAUUUCCUUUGUGUCUGACGCUUUGAGAGAACCUGAGUUGAUUCUGUUUGAGUUUGAGAGAACAGUGUAAAUGAUUUUUUAUUUUUGGUCUAAAUUUCUGAUUAUUAAAAAAUAAACGUUGCAGCUGACAUGAAACUGA